AUGUUGCCUUUAUACAACAGCAUCUUUUUCAGACCGCCACUUCAAAAACGUCUGACAAUCAAAGCGUGGAUACAACAUUGUCCUUCAUGUGGUUACUGUAAUACCGUGAUAGAUGGUCAAACAAGUGAUAUGGCACAGGUAUAUAUCAGAAAAAAUUUUAUGACAUCUCCCCAAUAUCAACAACAGCUGAAAUCAAGUGAAUAUCCAGCAUUGGCAAAUUAUUUCCUUUGCUAUUCAUUAAUAUUAGAAAAUGAAGAAAAGUUUCAAGAAGCCUAUAAACAAUCACAAUAUGCGGCUUGGGUUUGUGAUGAUGAUAAAGGCCAAAACUAUGAGACGGGUGCCAAAAACUGUCGGCUGAGAACAGCUGAAUUGAUUGAUAAAGUUAAACAGCAGCAAAAGCAACAGCAUGAACCUGCUAAUCACGAAGAAGAAGAUAUUAAUCUGAUACAUAUAGAUGUUCUAAGAAGAGCAGAACAAUUUGAACAAGCAUUAAAUUUAAUUAAACAAGAACUUAACAAAAAUUCUUCUACGAAUGUAUUGAAAUUUCAACAACACUUAUGCGAAACCAAAGAUAAAAAAUGUUACACAAUGAAUGAUGUGAAAAAAAGUUCAUAG